AUGCAGUAUAAUAAUUUCGGAAGCAGUGCCAAUAAAAAAUUUCAAGAUGAUACUCUUAACAGAGUAAGAAAAGAGCAUGAAGAGGCCUUGAAAAAAUUACGAGAAGAAAACUUCAGUUCAAACACAUCAGAAUUGGGAAAUAGAAAACUGCAUAAAGCACAAGAAAGGAUGAGCUCACCACUACAUAGACUUUCUCCUGUAGAUAAACUAGAAAAUAACAAAAUGAAGAGUCCAUUAGACGACAAGCUAAGAAGGCAAUUAAGGGAAGGCAAUACACGACUACCACCUCCAUCAUUUUCCAACUAUAGGGUACCCUCAAACAACCGCUCCAAUAUGGAUAGGAUAAGAAGAAGAACUAGCUCACCCGUAAGGACUGAGAGGUUUGCAUCGCAAGAUGUUAUAGAUGACCAAAGGCUGGAAAUAAAAUAUCUAGAACGUAUCGUGCAUGAUCAAGGCUCCAUAAUCGAUAACUUGACGUCAAGAAUAACCAGAUUGGAAUCUUUUAUACUAAAUUCAGUUUCAGACAGAGGAGACAAGAAUUAUCUUCCUCUUGAGCAUUCCAAUUCAUUUUCUGGGUUUCCUACUACUAAGACGUAUGGCUUACACAUGAGCGGACAAUAUGAAAACGAUAGAUCUUAUCGGAGAAGUAGUGGUGACAUGAAAACAGAAAGACCAAGAGCUGAUCGAUCGUCACAAAUACAUAUUGAAAAUGAGAGUACAGAAGAUAUACUGAGAAUUUUAUCUUCAUCCUUCCAUGAUUGA